GGGCGGAUGAGUAAUAACAUCCAGGAAGCCUGCAGGCCUGUGAUUUCCUCGCCAACCCCGCCCCUCGCGUGGUGGACAUUUAUCCUCUACCGCUCAGGCCCUGCCGCCAUCGCCGCAGACCCAGCGCCUAGAGAUACAGCAGAGAAACUACCAUGGCCCCUUUUGUACCGCUGGCCUCUGGCAUCCUGUUGUUGUCACUGAUAGCCCCCAGCUGGGCCUGCACCUGUGCCCCACCCCACCCACAGACAGCUUUCUGCAACUCCGAUGUUGUCAUAAGAGCCAAGUUUAUGGGGCUCCCAGAAGUCAAUCAGGACAUGGGUUACCAGCGUUAUGAGAUCAAGAUGACAAAGAUGUUCAAAGGCUUCCAGGCCUUGGGGCCUGCCGCUGACAUCCGGUUUCUCUACACCCCCGCUAUGGAGAGCGUCUGCGGAUACUUCCACAACUCCCAGAACCGCAGCGAGGAGUUUCUCAUCGCGGGACAACUGCAGAAUAAGCUCUUGCACAUCACCACCUGCAGUUUCGUGGCUCCCUGGACCAGUCUGAGCCCAGCUCAGCGCAAGGGUUUCACCAAGACCUACAGUGCUGGCUGCGAGGCAUGCACAGUGUUUGCCUGUUCAUCCAUUCCCUGCAAACUGGAGAAAGACACUCAGUGCUUGUGGACAGACCAGCUCCUCGAUGGCUCUGAGAGAGGAUUCCAGAGCCGUAACCUAGCGUGCCUGCCCCGGGAGCCAGGGGUGUGUACCUGGCAGUCCCUACGAGUCCGGAUGGCCUGAAGCCUGCCUCCAGUGGAAGCUAAAGCCCACAUGGUGUUUGCCCCCUUCCAACUCCCAACUUUUUUUUCUCCAAGAUGAUGAAAUAAAGAGCUACCAC